AGUUUAUCUUUCUUUUAUUUUAUGAUCUCUUGGGUUUUUCUUUCCUUUAGUUGAAUAGAAUGAACGAGGUUACUAUGUGUGAGCUUAGCUUUUCUCAUCAACAUCCUCGACCUUCAAGCUUUAGUUGCCUUAACUCUUGCUUGACGGAACACUGGGGUGAUUUACCUUUGAAAGUUGAUGACUCUGAGGACAUGAUCAUCUACAACUCCCUUCACGAAGCUCUCAAUUUCGGGUGGACACCGUCGGAUUCAACGGUGGUAGCUGCCGUGAAAGCCGAGCCUAUAUAUGAUGGGUCUGAGAUGAUGACAGUACCGGUUACCCAAGUGAACCCUUCAAUGGGGUUGACUCAACCUGUAGCUGCUGCAACUCAAAUGUUAUUUGGAAGUGCUUUCAUGGGAAUAAGCAGCGAAGAUGGAAGCUCUUUUUGGAUGGGAAAACGAGAAGAGUGCUUUCGAAAUGGGAACCAAAAAGUGGUUAAAGGGAGACAUUACAGGGGAGUUAGGCAAAGGCCAUGGGGGAAAUUCGCGGCAGAGAUUAGAGACCGGGCUAAGAAUGGGGCAAGACUCUGGCUAGGCACCUACGAGACUGCUGAGGAAGCUGCUUUGGCUUAUGAUCGAGCGGCUUAUAAAAUGCGUGGUUCGAGGGCUUUGCUUAAUUUCCCUCACAGGAUUGGCAACAAUGAGCCUGAGCCUGUCAGAGUCACGGCCAAGCGUCGUGAACAUCAUCGAUCAACAUUAUACAAUAGUUCCUCUCCCAAGAGAAGAAAAAGCUUGGCAGCUAACCAAGCCGAGCUAGAGAAAAACAGGGGAUUGACUAUAUAUCAAUUGGCACAUCAAAUGGGGCUAAUGCCAGUUGGGGAACAGUUAUUGGUGAAUUGAGUUUAUGUUUUCCAUAUUUAUUUUUCCCACGGUUGCCUUCACAGAGGGAUGAUCAAAGAUAAACAAUCCAUAGCUUAAACAUGGAUCAAGAUAUUUUCGCUGGAGCUCUUAAUUUAGGUGUCUUUAGGCAUAAAUGUGAUAUGAUGUUUAUGAGACGUGUGAAUAGAAAGAAAAUUAGACCUAGUUUAACUUUUGAGUGUAACUUUUAUAUUUUUUCUUUGCUUUUAUUGUGGGAGGAUACACAAACCAUUAAAGAGCAGAACUUGGGCUUAAAGCCUCUGGUAAAGUGUAACUCUCUGAGAAAAAGUAAUGAAAAUGUAAACUGUGGUUACAUAUAUUCUAGUUUGGGUGGAUAAAGUGGAGCAUUACCAUAAUUUACCGACUAAUGGCAAUCAAUAAAAUAUUGGAGCCACUUCAAACUAGCUUUGUG